CACAUGAACUGAGCAAAUCUCUGCCACCUACAAGCAAACAUGGACAACCCGGUGUCCCCCGCCGCAGACAAGAGGCUGCGCUUCAUAGAAGAAUAUGUCCUGAAAACCCUGAAGAUGAAGACGGACCGCUGGCAGAAAUGUCUGUCCACCGAGGAGAACAAGGCCAUCUUCCAGGAGUUCCUGGAGAAGGCGGAUCAGAUGGUGCUGGUGGUGGCCCUCAACCCGGCCGGGCUGCUGGUCCCCCUGCUAGAGUUCCCCAACUCCAUGAAGAAUAAAGGCGUGUAUUUCCUGAAGAAGACCAACGCCUUCCUCAGCCCCGAUUCCAUGAAGAGCAAUUUAAUCUACGGGGAUCUUUCCUACGCGCCCCUGGAUCACUUCUCCGCGUUGGUGGAAGAGGUCAUCGUCCCAGUCCUGGCCAAUGAGAAGAACCAUCAGAACUGGCCGCUGGUCGUGUCCCAGGACGUCAUGCGUCACGUCAACGACCUGAAAAGCAGCACCUUUGUAAUGGUUGGUCAGGUGCGGGGGAAGACGUUGCUGCCGCUGCCUUCGGGGUCCGAGAGUUUGGAGUACAUCGAGUACGAGAGCGAGAAGAACGACAACCUGGACAAGACGAUCGUUCACGCCAUUGAGUCGGCCAUCAUUCACUGGAGCCAUCAGGUUCGUGGGGUGCUGAAGAGCGAAUCCUCUGAUCAACUAUUACUAGGGAAGAAUCCAAACCCCAACGUGGAGCUCGAUUUCUGGAAAAACAGAUAUGCAGACCUGGAAUGUAUCUACAAUCAGCUCAAGACCAGGAAGGUGCGCAAGAUGGCUGAGCUUCUGGAGAGAGUGGAGAGCAGCUACUUCCCGGCGUUCAAGGCCUUGUUCAGGGAUGUCGUGGCAGCCCUGUCAGAAGCUCAGGAUAUUAAUCUCUAUCUGAAGCCCCUCCAGCGACAUUUUGAAGAAAUAGAAAACGUUGAAUUCAACGAGGUGAAGCCGAUGAUUGUCCCUCUCAUGCACGUGUUGUGCCUGGUGUGGGCUCAGUCCAAAUAUUACAACACCCCUGCGCGGAUUAUCGUCCUGAUGCAGGAGGUCUGCAACCUGUUCAUCCAGCAGGCUCGCAACUACCUAAACCCAGAAGAAUUGCUGAAAGGGGAAAUGGAAGAAAGUGUGGGCCGAGUCCAGGAGGUCCUCUCCGUCCUGCGGUUCCUGAUGAACACAUUUGAAGAGAGCAGAGAAAAGCUGCCGAGCUACUUCAAAAACGGACAAGAAGUGAAGACGUGGGAUUUCUCCUCCAUACUUGUGUUCGCCAGACUGGAAUGCUUCAUAAAGAGACUGGAAACCAUUGAAGAUUUACUUCUCACGGCCCUGGAUAUGAUGAAACUGGAGAAAAUCGAGUUUGGGGGCAUCAGAGGGAAAGUUCUCAGUGGGACAGUGGCUGACUUGUACCAGGAGUUCCAAGACACAUAUAAAGUGUUCUCUGAGAGAACAUACGACUGCCUGGACAUAGAGAGCAAGGAAUUUGAAGACGAUGUCUCAGAUUUCCAACUGAAUGUUGAGGACAUGGACCGGAAGCUGGGGACGGUGUUCUGCCUGGGGUUUGAUGACACCUCCGGCCUGGAGCAUGCGUUUCGGCUGCUGGAUAUGUUCGGAAGCCUCCUGGACAGGCCCAUCAUCGCACGGGAUGUGUUUGAUAAGUACCCGCUCCUCAUCACUAUGUUUGAGGAAGAACUGGACACCGACAAAGCCAUCUAUGACAGGCACAUGCUGGAGGUGAUGGAGCAAGGAUAUCCACAGAUAAACAAGAACAUGCCUGCCGUCUCCGGGAAUCUGAACUGGGCUAAAGAGCUGAGAGAGAGGCUGCAGACGCCAUACAGCAACUUCAGCCACAUCACGCACCCGUGCAUGGAGUCUGAGGACGGGAGCAGGAUGAAGCAGAAGUACGAGGAGAUGAUGGCUCUCCUGGACCAGUACAUAGAGAAGCUGUAUGAAGAAUGGUGCCAGACGGUGUCAGAGAAAUCUCAGUAUAACCUCAUGCGGCCUCUCAUUUCACGCGAUGACGGCUCCAGGCUCAUCAACGUCAAUUUUGACCCGCAGCUGGUGUCUGUGCUGCGAGAAGUGAAAUACCUGCAAACACUUCACAUGGAAACCAUACCAAAGGAGGCCGAAGACAUCUUCUCUUCCAAAGAGUCCUACAGACAGUACACUGCAAACCUGGAACUGACCACCAACUGGUACAACAAGGUUAUAAGCUCCAUCCUAGAGGUGGAGUUCCCCCUGGUGGAAGGGCAGCUCAAGGACAUAGAUAUCCGCUUAAAAUCAGCAGAAGAUACCUUAAACUGGAAAGCACACGGAGUCUGGGAUUAUAUCCAGCAAGUUAGAGAUAGCGUCCACGACCUGGAGAGAAGGGUGCAGAAGGCCCGAGACAACGUGGAGGAAAUUCAGUCCAUCAUGAAGACCUGGGUGCUGCCCAUAUUUGAGAGGAAAGAUGGCAAGAAAGACACUCUCCUUAACUUGGAUGAUCGGAGCGAGCGCCUGGAGAAGAGAUAUAACCUCAUCCGGGAAUCUGGCAGCAAAAUUCACCAACUAGUGCAGGAGAACAUGGAGCUCUUCUCCGCAGACCCCAACUCUGACGUGUGGAAAGCUUAUGUCGAUUACAUAGAUGAGACGGUUCUUGACGGCUUCUUCAAUGCUAUUGAAUGCUCCCUGAAGUUCAUCCUGGAUAACAUGGAUGCCAAGGCCGCCCUUGCUCCCUUAUUUGAAGUACAGUUGGACCUGGUAGUCCCAGACAUGGUCUUCCGACCUUCCUUGGAUCUUGGAACCAGCGAUAGCUUGUACGACAUCAUAGAAGGCCUCAUCAAUGAUAUCUACAAAACUUCCUCUUUGGUCCCUCGGCUCUCAAAGACAAGCACUUUCCCAAAUUACCAAGCAGACAUGGAAGACAUGGCGGACUUGGCAGACAUGCGUAACUUCCUCAUGGAAAGUGUUCAGAACAUAAUGUCCAUGUGCGCUGAAUAUCGAAACUCCUUCGACCAUUACGCCUACCUGUACGUGGAUGACCGCAAGGAGUUCAUGCGCCAGUUCCUCCUCUACGGCCACGUACUGACCCCCGAGGAGAUAGAAGCUCAUUCUGAAGAUGGGGUCCCAGAGACACCCCCCACCUUACUGCAGUUCAGAAAACAGAUAGACUCAUAUGAGAAGAUCUAUGAAGAGGUCAACCAGAUGGAGCCGGUCAAUGUCUUUGAUUGUUGGAUGAGGGUGGAUGCCCAUCCCUUCAAAUCUGCCCUUCUUAAUGUCAUCAAGAGGUGGAGUCUGAUGUUCAAGCAGCAUCUUAUUGACCACGUAACAAACAGUUUGGCCGAUCUAGAGGAGUUCAUCAAGGUGGCAGAACAUGGGUUAAGUAAGCAACUGAAUGAAGGAGACUACAAUGGUCUGGUGGAAAUAAUGGGUCACUUAAUGGCUGUGAAGGAUCGUCAGAGCAGCACUGAUGAGUUGUUUGAACCCUUGAGGCAGACUAUAGAGCUCCUGAAGGUCUAUGAGCAGGAGCUCCCUGACGAAGUCUAUAAACAACUGGAGGAACUUCCAGAGAAGUGGAACAAUAUUAAGAAGAUGGCCAUUACCGUAAAGCAACAUGUUGCACCGCUGCAAGACAAUGAAGUGUCACUUCUCCGCCGAAGCUGUGCUACCUUUGAUGUUAAGCAACACCAUUUCAGAGAGAGGUUCCGCAAGGAAGCUCCCUUCAGAUUUGACAGCAUCUCUCCAUACCAGACACUUAACCUCAAACAUAUGGAAAUACAAAAAAUGGAGGCCACCAUGGCCUCAACAUAUGAGUCCGCAGCCUUAUUUGAAGUCAACGUUCCAGACUACAAGCAAUUGAAGCAAUGUAGGAAGGAAGUCUGUAUGCUCAAGGAGCUCUGGGACAUGAUCACCCUGGUGACAUCCAGUAUGAAUGACUGGCAAACAACCAGAUGGAGAGAGAUCAACGUGGAGAACAUGGAUCUGGAGUGUAAGAAGUUUGCAAAGGACAUCCGAAACCUGGACAAGGAUAUGAGGGCAUGGGAUGCUUUCGGAGGGCUUGACAACCAAGUGAAAAACAUAUUGACGUCUUUAAGGGCCGUGGCAGAACUUCAGAAUCCAGCCAUCCGCGAGAGACACUGGAGUCAACUCAUGCAAGCCACCGGCGUCCGCUUCACUAUGGACGAAGACACCACUCUUGCCGACCUACUAAAACUCAACCUCCAUAACUUUGAGGAUGAAGUACGUGGCAUUGUGGACAAAGCUGUGAAAGAGAUGGGCAUGGAGAAGGUGCUGAAGGAGCUCGAUACCACCUGGAGUGGAAUGAACUUUCAGUACGAACCUCACCCCAGGACAAAAGUGCCCUUGAUCAAAUCAGACGAGGAGCUUAUUGAGACCUUGGAAGACAAUCAAGUUCAGCUCCAGAAUCUGAUGACCUCCAAGUACAUUGCCUUCUUCUUAGAAGAAGUGUCAGACUGGCAGAAGAAGCUGUCAACGGCUGAUUCUGUCAUCUCCAUCUGGUUUGAAGUUCAGCGCACCUGGUCUCAUCUAGAGAGCAUUUUCAUAGGUUCAGAUGACAUUCGAGCACAACUUCCUGAGGACUCCAAGAGAUUCGAAGGCAUUGACACAGAUUUCAAAGAGUUGGCUCAAGACGCUAACGGGACUCCGAACGUCGUGGAGGCCACCAACAAGCCAGGGCUGUACGACAAGCUGGAGGAUAUUCAAGGAAGGUUGUCUCUAUGUGAAAAAGCUUUGGCGGAAUACCUGGACACCAAGAGGCUGGCGUUCCCCAGAUUUUACUUCAUAUCCUCUGCAGAUUUACUGGACAUCUUGUCAAAUGGAACCAAUCCACAACUUGUCAUGCGCCAUCUGUCCAAACUGUUCGACAAUAUGGCACAGAUGAAAUUCAAAGAUGCAGAGUCCAAGACCGGCCUCGGCAUGUACAGCAAGGAGGACGAAUACGUCACAUUCAACGAGCCUUGUGACUGCAGCGGCCAGGUGGAAACCUGGCUGAACCGGGUGCUGGACUCCAUGAGAGCCACCGUCAGGCAUGAAAUGACCGAAGCCGUCACUGCGUAUGAGGAGAAGCCCAGGGAACAAUGGCUGUUUGACUAUCCCGCUCAGGUGGCGCUUACCUGCACUCAGAUUUGGUGGACCACUGAGGUUGGCAUCUCCUUUUCCCGUCUGGAGGAAGGCUAUGAGAACGCCAUGAAGGAGUAUUACAAGAAACAAGUCCACCAGCUGAACACCCUCAUCACUAUGCUGAUCGGCCAACUGUCCAAGGGGGACAGGCAGAAAAUCAUGACCAUCUGUACCAUCGACGUUCACGCCCGAGACGUGGUCUCUAAGAUAAUUGCACAGAAGGUUGACAAUGCUCAGGCUUUCGUGUGGCUGUCGCAGCUCCGGCACCGCUGGGACGAUGACAAGAAGCAUUGCUUUGCCAACAUCUGUGACGCCCAGUUCCUCUACUCUUAUGAGUAUCUUGGCAACACUCCCCGGCUUGUUAUCACUCCUCUUACAGACAGAUGUUAUAUCACAUUGACCCAAUCCCUUCAUCUCACCAUGAGUGGAGCACCUGCAGGACCAGCUGGUACUGGUAAGACCGAAACCACCAAAGACUUGGGCCGAGCACUUGGCAUCAUGGUGUACGUCUUCAACUGCUCUGAACAGAUGGACUACAAGUCCUGCGGAAACAUCUACAAGGGGCUCGCGCAGACAGGGGCCUGGGGUUGCUUUGACGAGUUCAACCGAAUCUCAGUGGAGGUCUUGUCUGUGGUUGCGGUGCAGGUGAAGUGCAUACAAGACGCUAUCAGGGACAAGAAAAAGAGAUUCAACUUCCUGGGAGAGGAGAUCAAUCUGAUUCCUGCCGUAGGGAUCUUCAUCACUAUGAAUCCAGGCUACGCCGGCCGUACCGAGCUCCCAGAAAAUCUCAAGGCUCUGUUUAGGCCCUGUGCGAUGGUGGUCCCUGACUUUGAACUGAUCUGUGAGAUCAUGCUGGUGGCAGAAGGAUUCAUUGAAGCCAGGCUGCUGGCCCGGAAGUUUAUCACCCUCUACCAGCUCUGCAAGGAACUAUUGUCUAAGCAGGACCACUACGACUGGGGUCUGAGAGCUAUCAAAUCUGUGUUGGUGGUAGCGGGCUCCCUGAAGAGAGGAGACCCCGACCGCCCGGAAGACCAGGUCCUCAUGAGAGCCCUGCGCGACUUCAACAUUCCCAAGAUUGUCACUGACGACAUGCCCGUCUUCAUGGGCCUGAUUGGAGAUCUCUUCCCAGCGCUGGAUGUGCCCAGGAAGAGGGAUAUGGAGUUCGAGUCAUUCGUAAAGCAGGCGGUUUUGGACCUGAAAUUGCAGGCAGAAGACAACUUUGUACUGAAGAUUGUCCAGCUGGAAGAGUUGCUCGCUGUUCGCCAUUCCGUGUUCAUCGUAGGCAACGCAGGAACCGGGAAAUCUCAAGUGCUGAAGUCCCUAAACAAGACCUACCAGAUCAUGAAGAGACGUCCAGUGUGGACCGACCUGAAUCCCAAAGCUGUCACCAAUGACGAGCUGUUCGGCAUUAUAAAUCCGUCCACCCGCGAGUGGAAAGACGGGCUGUUUUCCUCAGUCAUGCGUGAACUGGCCAACAUUACACAUGAUGGACCCAAGUGGAUCGUUCUUGAUGGAGAUAUUGAUCCAAUGUGGAUUGAGUCCUUGAAUACAGUCAUGGAUGAUAAUAAGGUUUUAACUCUGGCCAGUAACGAGCGAAUCCCCCUGAAUCCCACCAUGAGGCUGGUGUUUGAGAUUAGUCACCUGAGGACCGCCACCCCGGCCACAGUCUCCAGAGCAGGGAUCCUGUACAUUAACCCCGCAGACCUGGGCUGGAACCCCCCAGUCACCAGCUGGAUCGACAAGCGGGGGGUGCAGUCUGAGAGAGCCAACCUGACCAUACUGUUCGACAAGUAUCUGCCUGUGUGCUUAGACACCCUCAGAACCAGAUUCAAGAAGAUUAUCCCGAUUCCGGAGCAGAGCAUGGUCCAGAUGUUGUGUUACCUGCUAGAAUGUCUCCUGACCAAGGAGAACACCCCCUCUGACUGCCCCAAGGAGCUCUACGAGCUGUACUUUGUCUUUGCCGCCGUGUGGGCCUUUGGAGGAGCCAUGUUCCAGGAUCAGCUGAUUGACUACAGAGUGGAGUUCAGUAAAUGGUGGCUCACAGAAUUCAAGACCAUCAAGUUCCCUUCGCAGGGCACCAUCUUCGACUACUACAUCGACCCGGAGACCAAGAAGUUUGAGCCGUGGUCGAAACUUAUCCCCAAGUUUGAGUUUGAUCCAGACAUGCCCUUACAGGCUUGUUUGGUUCACACCACUGAGACCAUCCGAGUCCGCUACUUCAUGGACAAACUUCUGGAGAACAAGAGGCCUGUAAUGCUGGUGGGCAACGCAGGCACUGGGAAAUCCGUACUGGUAGGAGAGAAGUUAUCAUCUCUGGACCCUGAUGAGUAUCUAAUCAAGAAUGUUCCCUUCAACUACUACACCACGUCCGCCAUGCUGCAAGCCAUCCUAGAGAAGCCAUUGGAGAAGAAAUCCGGUCGGAACUACGGGCCCCCGGGAACCAAGAAACUUAUCUACUUUAUUGAUGAUAUGAACAUGCCGGAGGUGGACACGUAUGGCACCGUGCAGCCGCACACACUGAUCCGACAACACAUGGACUAUGGCCACUGGUACGACCGGGCCAAGCUGGCCAUGAAGGAGAUAAUGAACGUCCAGUACGUGUCCUGUAUGAACCCCACCUCCGGCAGCUUCACCAUCAACCCCCGGCUGCAGAGACAUUUCAGUGUGUUUGCGCUGUCCUUCCCUGGCACGGAUGCCCUCUCUACCAUCUACAGCACCAUCCUGACUCAACACCUGAAGGUGGGCAACUUCCCUGCCCCCCUGCAGAAGAGCACGCAGCAGCUGAUCAGCCUAGCGCUGUCCCUGCACCAGAAAGUCACCUCCACCUUCCUGCCCACUGCCAUCAAGUUCCACUACAUCUUCAACCUGCGAGACCUGUCCAACAUCUUCCAGGGCAUCUUGUUCUCCACUCCGGACUGCCUGAAAACUCCCCAGGACCUGGUGAAGCUUUACCUGCACGAGUCUAACCGUGUGUAUCGGGAUAAAAUGGUGGAAGAGAAGGACUUUGAUGUGUUUGAUAAGAUACAGACGGACAUGGUGAAGAAGUUCUACGACGACAUAGAUGAAACGCUGGAACAAGCAAAGUCCAUGAACAUGUUUUGCCAUUUUGCCAAUGGUGUUGGAGAACCCAAAUACAUGCCGGUCCAGUCCUGGCAGACGCUGAGCAAGAUCCUGGUGGACGCUCUGGACAACCACAACGAGAUCAAUGCGGCAAUGAACCUGGUGCUGUUUGAGGACGCCAUGAGUCACAUUUGCAGAAUCAACCGCAUUCUGGAGUCCCCAAGGGGAAAUGCUCUGCUGGUCGGAGUCGGAGGCAGCGGAAAGCAGAGUCUGACAAGACUGGCAGCCUAUAUCAGCUCCUUGGAGGUCUUCCAGAUCACGCUCAGAAAAGGCUACGGCAUCCCGGAUCUCAAGGCUGACCUGGCAAGCCAAUAUAUUAAAACCGGAGUGAAGAAUGUGGGGACAGUUUUCCUUAUGACUGACGCCCAGGUGGCCGAUGAAAAGUUCCUUGUGCUGGUCAACGACUUGCUGGCAUCGGGUGAGAUCCCAGACCUGUUUCCAGAUGAUGAAGUGGAAAACAUUAUCGGAAGUGUCAGGAAUGAAGUGAAGAGCCAAGGCUUGCUGGAUACCAGAGAAAACUGCUGGAAAUUCUUCAUCGACAGAGUCCGGAGGCAGCUGAAAGUUGCUCUGUGUUUCUCCCCUGUUGGUAACAAGCUACGUGUUCGAAGCAGAAAAUUCCCUGCAGUGGUAAACUGCACCGCAAUCGAUUGGUUCCAUGAGUGGCCACAGGAGGCGCUAGAGUCCGUCAGCCUGCGUUUCCUCCAAGAAACGGAGAAUAUUGAGGGACCCGUCAAGGAAUCCAUAAGUAAAUUCAUGGCCUAUGUGCACACCAGUGUGAACGACAUGUCCAAGUCCUACCUGAGCAACGAACGCCGCUACAAUUACACCACCCCCAAGUCUUUUCUGGAACAGAUCAAGCUGUACCAGAACCUGCUGUGUAAGAAACGCAAGGAUCUUUCUGCCAAGAUGGAGCGUCUGGAGAACGGACUGGAGAAGUUGAGCAGCACGUCAGCCCAGGUGGACGACCUGAAAGCCAAACUAGCGGCACAAGAGGUGGAGCUGAAACAAAAGAACGAGGAUGCGGAUAAACUCAUCCAGGUGGUCGGGGUGGAGACCGAGAAGGUGGGUAAGGAGAAAGCGGUGGCUGACGAGGAGGAAAAGAAAGUGGCCGUUAUAGCGGAGGAGGUCGGGAAGAAACAGAAGGAAUGCGAGACGGAUCUGGCCAAAGCAGAACCAGCUUUAGUGGCUGCUCAAGAAGCCCUGAACACCCUCAAUAGGAACAAUCUGACAGAGCUGAAGUCUUUUGGUGCCCCACCUUCAGCUGUCACCAACGUCACAGCAGCGGUCAUGGUCCUCACAGCCCCAGGUGGUAGAAUCCCAAAAGACAGGAGCUGGAAGGCUGCCAGAGUGGUCAUGGGAAAAGUGGAUGGCUUUUUAGACUCCUUAAUAAACUUCAAUAAGGAGAAUAUUCAUGAAAACUGUAUAAAAGCCAUUCAGCCCUACAUGCACGACCCAGAGUUCAACCCAGAAUUCAUUUCUUCCAAAUCCCUCGCUGCCGCUGGGCUCUGCUCCUGGGUUAUCAACAUUGUCAAGUUCUAUGAGGUAUACUGUGAGGUGGAGCCAAAACGCCAAGCUCUGAACAAGGCAAACGCUGAACUAGCAGCUGCAGAGGAGAAACUGUCCAGUAUCAAAGCCAAAAUUGCCCUUCUGAAUGAAAAUCUCGCCAAACUGACGGCAAAGUUUGAGAAGGCCACGGCAGACAAGCUGAAAUGCCAACAGGAAGCUGACAGCACUGCUCUCACCAUCUCUCUCGCCAACCGUCUGGUCGGGGGACUCGCCUCGGAGAACGUCAGAUGGGCUGAAGCUGUCAGGAACUUCAAGCUCCAGGAGAGCACCCUGUGUGGAGACGUCCUCCUCAUCACCGCCUUUGUCUCCUACUUCGGCUACUUCACCAAGAGAUACCGACAAGAACUGAUGGACAAGACGUGGAGGCCGUACCUCGGGCAGCUGAAAGUCCCGAUCCCAGUGACUGAGGCUUUGGACCCGCUGACCAUGCUGACCGACGAUGCAGAUAUUGCAGCCUGGCAAAACGAAGGUCUUCCAGCUGAUCGCAUGUCAACUGAGAACGCCACUAUCCUCUCCAACUGUGAGAGAUGGCCGCUGAUGGUGGACCCGCAGCUCCAGGGCAUCAAGUGGAUCAAGAACAAGUAUGGAGAGGAGCUACGAGUGAUCAGGAUCGGACAAAGAGGAUACCUGGACACCCUGGAGAGAGCUCUGGGAGGAGGAGACGUGGUGCUGAUUGAGAACUUAGAGGAGAGCGUGGACCCCGUCCUGGGACCUUUACUCGGCAGAGAAACCAUCAAAAAAGGAAGGUACAUUAAGAUCGGGGACAAGGAGUGCGAGUACAGCCCCAACUUCCGCCUGAUCCUGCACACAAAACUUGCCAACCCGCAUUACCAGCCUGAGAUGCAGGCGCAGUGCACCCUCAUCAACUUCACCGUCACCCGAGACGGACUGGAAGACCAGCUGCUGGCGGCGGUAGUGAGCAUGGAGCGGCCGGACCUGGAGGAGCUGAAGUCAAAUCUAACCAAGCAGCAGAACGGGUUCAAGAUCACCCUGAAGACCCUGGAAGACAAUCUGUUGUCUCGCCUCUCAUCCGCUUCUGGAAAUUUCCUCGGGGACAUAGAACUGGUGGAAAAUCUUGAAAUCACCAAGAAGACGGCGGCCGAAAUCGAAGAGAAGGUUCAAGAAGCCAAAGUGACAGAAGCAAAAAUCAAUGAAGCUCGUGAGCACUAUCGUCUCGCCGCCGCUCGCGCCUCCCUACUCUACUUCAUAAUGAACGACCUCAACAAGAUCCAUCCCAUGUACCAGUUCUCCCUGAAGGCGUUCAGCGUGGUUUUCCAGCAGGCCGUCCAGAAGGCUCCGGCUGACGAGGUCCUGAAGCAGCGGGUGAUGAACCUCAUCGACAGCAUCACGUUCUCCGUCUUCCAGUACACAACACGGGGUCUUUUCGAGUGCGACAAGCUGACGUAUAUCGCGCAGCUCGCCUUUCAGGUAAUCACCAUCGAUGCGCCAAAUCUGUUAAUUGUGGUAUCGGAUUCCAACAUUUUACCAGCGGUUUUCUUCUCUCCUGGGCUCCAGAUUCUGCUGAUGAACAAGGAGAUAAAUAUGGUUGAGUUAGACUUUCUUCUGAGGUACCCAGCCCAGCCCGGCCUGACAAGUCCCGUGGAUUUCCUCUCCAAUCAGUCCUGGGGUGGUAUCAAGGCUCUGUCAUCCAUGGACGAGUUCCGGAACUUGGAUCGAGACAUAGCAGGGUCUGCCAAGCGCUGGAAGAAGUUUGUAGAAUCUGAAUGUCCAGAGAAGGAAAAGUUCCCUCAAGAGUGGAAGAACAAGACCUCCCUGCAAAGACUGUGCAUGAUGAGGGCGCUACGCCCCGAUCGGAUGACGUACGCUGUCAGGGAUUUUGUGGAGGAAAAGUUGGGCAGUAAAUACGUUGUGGGGCGAUCACUUGACUUUGCAGCAUCUUAUGAGGAGUCUGGACCAAGCACUCCUAUGUUCUUCAUCUUAUCUCCUGGUGUAGACCCUCUGAAAGAUGUCGAGAAACAAGGGAGAAAACUUGGUUACACAUUUGACAAUCAGAACCUACAUAACGUGUCUCUGGGGCAGGGACAGGAGGUUGUAGCUGAGGAAGCGCUGGAUCUGGCCGCCCGGGAAGGACACUGGGUCAUCCUGCAGAAUAUUCAUCUGGUGGCCAAGUGGCUGAGCACGCUGGAGAAGAAGCUGGAGCACCACAGUGAAGGCAGCCACCCCAACUUCCGUGUUUUCAUCAGUGCCGAGCCCGCCGGGUCACCGGACGGCCACAUCAUUCCUCAGGGUAUCCUUGAGAACUCCAUCAAAAUCACCAACGAGCCUCCGACCGGCAUGCACGCCAACCUGCACAAAGCACUGGAUAACUUUAACCAGGACACUCUGGAGAUGUGCACACGUGAAACAGAGUUCAAGAGCAUCCUGUUCGCUCUCUGUUACUUCCACGCUGUGGUGGCUGAGAGGAGAAAGUUCGGACCUCAGGGUUGGAAUCGCUCCUAUCCCUUUAACACUGGAGACCUCACAAUAUCAGUCAACGUAUUGUACAAUUAUCUGGAAGCCAAUGCCAAGGUCCCCUAUGACGACCUGCGUUAUCUGUUUGGCGAGAUCAUGUACGGAGGUCACAUCACGGAUGACUGGGACCGGCGGCUCUGCAAGACGUAUCUAGAGGAGUUCAUAAAGCAUGAAAUGAUGGAAGGGGAGCUGUUCCUAGCCCCUGGAUUCCCACUUCCCGGAAACAUGGAUUACAAUGGUUACCAUCAGUAUAUUGACGAUGUCCUCCCGGCCGAGUCUCCGUAUCUGUACGGCCUGCACCCUAACGCAGAGAUCGGCUUCCUGACUCAGACAUCAGAGAAGUUGUUCCGCACUGUGCUGGAGAUGCAACCUCGGGACAGCAGCAUGGGCGAGGGUGGAGGAGUCACCCGGGAGGAGAAGGUCAAAGCCACUCUGGACGAGAUCCUCGAGAAACUCCCGGAGGAGUUCAACAUUGCAGAGCUGAUGGCAAAGGGGGAGGAGAGGACGCCGUACAUUGUGGUCGCCUUCCAGGAAUGCGAGCGGAUGAACAUGCUCACCAGUGAGAUCAAACGAUCCCUGAAGGAGCUCGACUUAGGACUGAAGGGUGAACUGACCAUGACUAGCGACAUGGAGAAUCUACAGAACGCCAUUUUCCUGGACAUGGUGCCCGAUUCAUGGACCAAAAGAGCCUACCCGUCCAUGGCUGGCCUGGCUGGCUGGUUUGUCGACCUCCUCAGCCGUAUCAAGGAGUUAGAGACCUGGACGGGAGACUUUGCGUUGCCUUCGGCUGUCUGGCUGGCUGGUUUCUUUAACCCCCAGUCUUUCCUGACAGCCAUCAUGCAGUCUAUGGCCAGGAAGAACGAGUGGCCGCUCGAUAAGAUGACCCUGCAGUGCGAUGUGACAAAGAAGAACAGAGAGGACUUCAGCAGUCCACCACGAGAAGGGGCUUAUGUCCAUGGGCUGUUCAUGGAGGGAGCUCGCUGGGACACACAGACCAGCAUCAUCACAGACGCACGACUCAAGGACUUGACGCCAGCCAUGCCGGUCAUCUUCAUCAAGGCCAUCCCUGUGGAUAAGCAAGACACUCGCAACGUCUACGCCUGCCCUGUGUAUAAGACCCGGCAGAGGGGACCAACAUACGUCUGGACAUUCAACCUUAAGACUAAAGAGAACCCCUCCAAAUGGGUCCUGGCUGGGGUGGCGCUCCUGUUGCAGAUUUAGAACUGUGCACUGGUUCUUCGUUCAGCGCGGACACUGUGCUGUUCUAGACACUUUUACGCUUUCAGUUGCACUAAGAGGAGACUCCGCACCUUGUGAUAAAACACUCAGAAAACCCAGUAUUACGCUGCACAUGCCCACACUAAGUUAUUGUGGAAGUCUGUUCUAAUAAAGAUUUCACUU